CAUUUCCCUCUUCAGUUCGUCUACUGGCCAGUUAAAAACUACAGUUGGAUGAAGAAUUUCAAUCCAGCAGCUGUCGAGGAAGAGAGGGCGGCGAUGGUGCCGCCGCCUCCUGCAGCCCGGGAGGAGAUCGUCGAUGAUCCGCCGGCGGAGCAUCAGCCGUCGCCGUCAUCGGCAACGAAGCCGUGCUGGAAGACGACGACGAGCAGCGGCGCUGGAGUGGUCAUCGGCACCCUUAUGUUUCUUGCUUUGCUCGUCGGCACCAAUUGGAUCCACCAUGACGCUGGUCAACAGUACUACUCGUUCCACCCGGUCACCGACGGCGGCAGUUUCAGUCGGCAUGGACGUGCUACUGGCCGCACCCGCUCAUCCACGGCGCCCCUCGUACACAUACCCUUCAGCUGCGGCAACGACACGUCGUCCCCGUCACUCUGCCGCCGCCGCGCAUCACCGCCAGCACCAUCACCAUCACCAUCAUCAUCCUCAUCAUCACAGAAACAAUACUCCCCGGGCGUGCCGCCACCUUGGUGCCCGGACUACUUCCGCCACAUCCACGCGGACAUGGAGCCGUGGCGCCCAACGGGGAUCACGCGAGACGCGGUGGAGCGCGCCCGGCCCAGUGCGGAGUUCCGGCUCGUGGUGGUCUCCGGGCGCGCCUACGUGGAGAAGUAUCGCCCAUCGUUUCAGAGGCGGGAUAUCUUAACGCAGUGGGGCAUCCUGCAGCUGCUCGCCCGCUACCCCGACCGCGUGCCGGACGUCGACAUCAUGUUCGGCACCGGCGACGUGCCCGUGUUGCGCGCCGCCGACUACCCUGACCAUUCCACCGCGCCGCCGCUCUUCCGCUACUGCAAGGACGGGACGGAGCUGGCCAUCCUCUGGCCCGACUGGUCCUUCUGGGGCUGGCCUGAGGUCAACGUUCGGCCAUGGGGGGCGCUAAUGGAGGACUUCGUCCGAGAGAACGGGCGCCUGUCGUGGCCAGACAGGGAGCCCUACGCGUUCUGGAAGGGCAACCCCGACGUCUCGCCGGUCCGCCGCGACCUCUUCCGGUGCAACAACGACUCCGCCGCCGGCAAGGAAUGGAACGUGCGGGCGUUCAAGCAGGACUGGAACGCCGCCCACCGCAACGGCUUCAGGGACUCCGACCUGGCGAAGCAGUGCCGGUACAGGUACAAGAUCUACGUGCAGGGACGGGCGUGGUCGGUGAGCGAGAAGUACAUCCUCGCCUGCGACUCGCCGAUGCUGGCCAUCGACACGCCCUUCCAGGACUUCUUCACCCGGGGGCUAGUCGCCGGCAAGCACUACUGGCCCAUCGACCCGGCGCGCAAGUGCGCCGCCAUCAAGUUCGCCGUGGACUGGGGCAACGCUCACCCAGGGCAGGCGCGGCGUAUGGGAGAAGAAGGCAGCGGGUUCGCGAGGGAGGAGAUGGGCAUGGACUACGUAUACGAGUACAUGCUCCACGUGCUGACGCAGUACAGUGCGCUGCUCCGGUACAAGCCCACCGUGCCCGAGAAAGCCGUGGAGGUCUGCGUCGAGUCCAUGGCCUGCCCCAGACGUGGCCGUGAGAGGGAGUUCAUGAUGGAGUCCAGGGAGAGGUACGUGGCCGGGCGCGAGCUGUGCACGCUGCCGCCGCCGUUCACUACCGAGGAGGUAAGGGAAAUGGCUGUCAGGGACGAGCAGGUGCGAAGCAAACUACUCCAGAUGGAGGAGGGACACUAGCUAGACGGCAUUCAUGAAUCUGAUUACUUACUUCAUUUAGCAUGAAUUGCCCCUCCCCUCUUUAACUCGUGCGUAUUCCACAAGAUUUAGCAUGAAU